ACACAUACACGCACCGACCGGCCGGGCCGCCGCGCGAGGUGCUCUUGCAUCACGAACAAGGAAAGCCACCGUCUCCUCCACCAUGCCCAGUGCAGUCCAGUCCCUGUCCCCGGUGCAGGGCGAGAUGUCGCCCGAGGAGCUCAAGAACCUCCUCGCGGAGAUCGGCACCACGUCGGAGAACCUCAAGAGGGACUCCGUGGCCCUGAGAGAGUGGGUCAACUCCCAGCCCCACCUGCCCGACCUCACCAGCGAAUACGAUGAGUGGCUCGAGACAUUUCUACUGGUGGCGAAGAACUCCAUGGAGAAGGCCAAGACGCGACUGGACAACUACUUCACGACCCGCACCGUCCUGGACGAGUGGUUCACCAUGCCGCCCGCGCCGGAAGACCAGUUAAUCAUCGACGAGCGAGAUUUCGAGCUCAACGGAUGGCAACCCCGGGUGCUCCCCAACGGCUGCGUCCUGUUCAUCAUGAAGCCCAUGAACACCGGCAACUGGUCGCAGGUCGACAUGAAGGUGCACUACCACCGCAUCGUGCUCCACAUCGACGCCUUGAUGGGGCUCAGCAAGAAGCUCCGCGGGGCGAUCUUGAUCAUGGACGAGAAGCACGCCAACCUCAACAUCGUCACCACCUUCCUGGGGGCCAUCGGCCACUUCCGGAGGGCGAUUAACUGCAUCCAGGACUGCAUGCCGCUGAGGGUGCACUCUGUCCACUUUGUUAACACCCUCGCACCGAACAUGCAGAAGAUGAUCUUGAACGCUGUCACCCCCCUUCUCAAGGGCAAGCUAGCACAGAGGAUCAGCAUUCAUGAAGACAUGAAGUCCUUGCAUGAGCACAUCCCUGUCGAGUACCUGCCACAAGAAUACGGCGGCACUGCCCCAGAAAAACUGGAAGACAUGGCAACAAGCCUGUCAAACUUCAUUGCUGCCAAUAAGGACUGGUAUGUGUCAAGAACAUGGAUGAAAACCAACGAGGAUAGAAGAGUGGAAAAGAAGGUCAUUGGCAGCGAUUCAGGAGUUGAGGGAUCGUUUAGAAAACUGACAGUUGAUUGAUUGUUCCUCAGUUUAUCUGUAUCUUGGGUUUAAGAUCAGACAUAUUCACACAGAGAAAUUUUAUGUCUAUGUUAC